CCCAUGACUUGUUUUCUCAUAAAUCAUAUAUACAUACACACAAAAUACAAAUCCACAACACAAAAAUGGCCACAUUGGCAUACCCAUCCUUGAGAAAUAUUGUUGUCUCUCUUUUCAUGCACCUCCUUGCCUUUUCCUUCUCUGUUUCCGGUCGACCCGCCACUUUUCUGCAAGACUUUAGAAUUACAUGGUCUGAUUCUCAUAUCAGGCAAAUUGAUGGAGGGAGGGCCAUCCAACUUGUUCUAGACCAAAAUUCAGGUUGUGGGUUUGCCUCCAAGAGCCAAUACUUAUAUGGACGGGUUAGCAUGAAGAUCAAGCUCAUUCCCGGGGACUCUGCCGGGACUGUCACCGCCUUUUAUAUGAAUUCGGACACCGACACUGUACGAGACGAGUUGGAUUUUGAAUUCUUGGGGAACCGGACCGGACAGCCCUACACGGUCCAAACCAAUGUCUAUGCGCACGGGAAGGGUGAUAGGGAGCAGAGGGUCAACCUAUGGUUCGACCCUGCUGCAGACUUCCACACUUACACAAUUUUAUGGAACCAUCACCAUGUUGUAUUUUAUGUGGAUCAAGUACCCAUCAGAGUGUACAAGAACAACGAAGCAAGAGGAAUCCCAUACCCAAAGGUCCAACCCAUGGGAGUGUACUCGACACUUUGGGAAGCCGAUGACUGGGCGACGAGAGGUGGGCUAGAAAAGAUUGAUUGGAGCAAAGCCCCAUUCUAUGCCUACUACAAGGACUUCGACAUCGAAGGAUGUUCAGUGCCGGGACCCACAACUUGUGCCUCAAACCCGGCAAACUGGUGGGAAGGAGCUGCUUAUCAACAGCUCAGUCCGGCCGAAGCUAGAGGCUACAGGUGGGUUCGCAUGAACCACAUGAUCUAUGACUACUGUGCUGAUAAAUCACGAUACCCGGUUACUCCACCAGAAUGCAUGGCGGGGAUUUAAAUACUUACCAUCACCUCCCACCGCCCAUCCACCACCACAUGCCCAUAAAUGUAUUGAUACAAAUGUUUACAUACUUACGUACAUGCCCCCUAUACACUACAUUGAGUAUGGAAAGCCAUGCAGAUCACGGGUAUAGAGGGAAUAGUUUAUGUUUAUUUUUAUUUUUAUUUUUGUGUGUUGGUGUAAAGUUUAAAGUUUGUGAUGAUUUUGUCCAAAACAAUGGACAAAAGUCAAUGUUAAUUUGUGAGCCAUAUGUUGUGUCUGUACUGUACCUCUUUGUUGCACAUUUUAUGUGCUAAUAAUGCUUUUGCAUGAUUGUGAAAAGAAUGUCCUCAUUUUCCCCUCCU